GGGGAUGACAGCAGCGCUGUGGAUACUGGAGCUCGGAGUCUAACCCAUCGGUCCUCCCACCUCAUCGAAGCUCCGGAGCGCAGCUUCAGGGAGCAGGAACUGUUUUUUUUUUUCUUUUUAAUCAGCCGAUGAAUGGGAUUUCUGCCUGUACGUGGAAGUGGAGAGAGCGCAGUGUUUCCCCCCCCCAAACACUGAGAGCUGAGCUGGAGAGCACGCAGCACAGACAGAGCAGCGGCGGUGCGCAGCGGGGGAAAUAAAUAUACCAACUAUUGUUGGGUACAGCAGAGACAUGAUCUCACAACUGGAGCGGCUGAAGAGGCAGAUGUGAUUUCCAAACGGAUGUGUUGUCUUUUUAUUUUCAAUUGUUCCCGUCUUGCUGUUCUUUUCUUUUUUGUUUAACCAACCACUGCCUACAGACCACUUUGAGAUCUCGGUUCGAGGGAGUACAUUGCAGCAGAGACUGACCAUGUGUCGUUGCGCCACAUAGGCGCUCUUUGUGGGCUGCUCUGCACCGGGGGAGACAGGUGGUGCAUGUGUGCGUGCAUAUGUGAAUGCUGAGACCCGUAAAAGAGGGUACGGACACACACCAACCGCUGAGACAGUUGUCUUCUUAUGGAUGCCGGGAACAGUUUUUUUUCUUUUUCUUUUUUUCUUUUUUUGCUUCUUCGCCAGAGACAGGUGCGACAGGAAGGGACACUUUCUAAAGCCCAAACACGGGAUCUGAUAACGCUCUAGAUCGCGCUCGGAUAUUUGGUACCAAGUGGGACAGAGACAAUUGAGUCAUACUGUUGUUGCCUCGGCGGCGCUUUUUCUCUCUCCUGGUAAUCAGAGAAUCCGCAGUGGUGCUGCGAUGGCGGCAGGGAUCUCUCACUCCUUGUUCCUGAUGUGUUGGAUCCUCCGAACAGCCAGCCUGGCGUUCCCAGAGGAACCCGGACCCCUGAACUUCAUCCCCUCUGAAGUGGUAAGAAGAUACCCCGCGUUCUUGGGUCGACCGCACCAAACGUGGCUCAGACAAGAGCCUCUGCACAUCCAGAGGAUCAUCCAGGUCAACCGGACUCUCUACAUCGGUGCCAGGGAUGAUCUUUUCCGGGUGGAGUUGGACAACAGUGCUGGGGAUGAGAUGUUUUACAGCAAAAAGAGAACAUGGGAGUCGAACAAAAAUGACAUCAGGAUCUGCAGGAUGAAGGGCAAACAUGAGGAUGAAUGUCGCAACUUUAUCAAGGUACUGCUCAGCAGACAGGGGGGCCUCUUUUUGUGUGGCACCAACGCCUUCAACCCGCUCUGUGCCAACUACACUGGCGACACUCUGGAGAUGAUAGGUGACCCAGUCAAUGGGAUGGCGAGGUGCCCUUAUGACCCCAAACACGCCAACGUUGCUCUGUUUGCUGAGGGGAAUCUGUUUACAGCUACGGUGACAGACUUCCUGGCCAUUGACGCGGUGAUUUAUCGCAGCCUUGGGGACAGCCCCGCUCUCCGCACCAUCAAGCACGACUCCAAGUGGUUCAGAGAGCCCUAUUUUGUGAGCGCCGUGGAGUGGGGACCUCACAUCUACUUCUUCUUCAGAGAGAUAGCCAUGGAGUUCAACUACUUGGAAAAGGUGGUGGUGUCGCGCGUCGCUCGCGUGUGCAAACGCGACCAGGGCGGCUCGCAGCGCGUCCUGGAGAAGCAGUGGACGUCGUUCCUCAAGGCCCGGCUCAACUGCUCCAUUCCCGGAGAUUCCCACUUCUAUUUCAACCUGCUGCACUCCACCAGCCCCGUCAUCAGGAUGCACGGCAGGGACAUCAUCCUGGGUGUGUUCUCCACACCAGCAAACAGCAUACCGGGUUCGGCUGUGUGCGCUUUUGACAUGGAGCAGCUGGCUGCUGUGUUUGAUGGAAGGUUUAAGGAGCAGAAAUCUCCGGAGUCUAUUUGGACGCCUGUUCCAGAUGAACUCAUCCCAAAGCCAAGACCUGGUGGCUGCGCCGUCCAAGGAUCCAAGUUUAAUUCCUCCAACUCGUUCCCCGACGAGAUGCUGAACUUCGUCAAGACCCAUCCCCUGAUGGACGAAGCGGUUCCAUCGCUCGGACAAAGACCUUGGAUUGUGAGGACCAUGGUCAGGUACCAGCUGAAUAAGAUUGUGGUGGAUACAGAAGCCGGGCCGUACAGGAACCGCACCGUCCUCUUCCUUGGGUCAAGCAGAGGAACCAUCCUGAAGUUUCUCAUUAUGCCAAACCAAGACAACACGGUGACCAGCAGCAACAUCUUUCUGGAGGAACUGGAAGGAUUUAAUCCUGACAAGUGUGCUGAGGACUCUAUGCAAGCCAGGCAGCUGCUGUCUCUCACUCUGGACCGGGCGAGCCACACACUGCUCCUCGCUUUUCCCUCUUGUGUGGUCAGAGUGCCGGUGGCCCGAUGCCAGCUCUAUUCCCGAUGCAUGAAGAACUGCAUCGCCUCCAGGGACCCGUACUGCGGCUGGACCAGAGGAAGCACCUGCUCCUUUCUCAGACCUGGAACCAGACUGCCAUUCGAGCAAGAUGUUGAACAUGGAAACGUGGCCCACUUGGGUGACUGCGACGGAAUACUGUUUCAGGAGAGUUUCAUCGAGGAGCCGGACGGCCUGGUGUCCGUAAACCUGCUGGUGGUGUCCGCCGUUUCAGCCUUCUCCACAGGAGCCAUCCUCUCUGGUCUCACUGUCUGCUGGAUCAUGAGCCACCGCCACAGGAGCUCCCGCGGCUCUGGAGCCAACGGCGCCCGUCGCAAAAACGACAAAGAGCAGACCAUGCUGGGGCAGGGUCGCAGCGGCUCGGUGAUGAGCGUGACCAGAACGAGCGGAGGCGAGAGGCGGCGCUCGCAGCCAGAUAACCUGUUCGUGAUGCCCAACGGUUGGCCUAAAGGAGAGAUUGACCCAGGUUUACUGCCCACUCCCGAGCAGACCCCGCUGCAGCAGAAACGAGUCAUGCGCCUCCCAGACGCCGACUGGGACCAGAGCCAGACCUUCCUCACCUCCGUGGGAAACCCGUGUCCCAGCAACGCCGUCAUCUACCUGAGCUCCAAGUUUCUGCACGGAGGCGGAGGAGGUGGGGGUUUGGUACGGAUAGAGGACCCCGGCGAGGUGGUCCUACCCACACACUCUGAUCGCCAGCGUUACCUCAUCCUUGCCACCCAAAGAGGCGAGCAUGGAGGCAGCCGUCCCACCGGCAGCCUGAGGAACUCAGCAGGAGAGUACAUCUACCCUGCCACUCCCCAGGAUUCGCCAGAUCGACGUAGGGUGGUCUCUGCUCCCACCCCACAUGUGGACUACGGAGAGCCUCGUUGGAGUCACGAGGCGCUCAACUACAACAGCAACAACGGCAUGCCCUACUACGCCCAGCGCCAGGGUCUCAUCAGGCCAGACAUGCACGGACCUCGAGGUCUGGGAGAGCUGGCUGAAUUCAGCCACCUUCUGGGGAAGAACAUGGGAGAGCACGCCCCCAGUGGCCAAUGAGGUGAAGUCAAGCGAGCGUUGAUGCCAAGCUCUCUAGGUUAAAAAAAAAUAAACAAAAAAAAAACAUUCCUGCCAACAGAAAACUGGAAAAUAUCCACCACUCAGCCUCGCCGUCCUGAUCCGACCUUAUCCUUUCUGUCCUCUCUCACUGUCAUUCAAUGUCCUGACGUCAUUCAGAGAGAGGCAGAGAGAAAAGAGUUGAAAGUUGAGAUAAUUCUCAAACCAUUGAGUUUCUCUGUUCAUAGCCUGUGAUGUGCCACCCGCAGUUCAUAGCUCUGACACAAGUCUCACAGGAAGGUAAAGAGUGGGGCCAAGAAAAGACAACUGAAGGAUUUAUACCUAAAACAACAACGAAAAACAAAACAAUAUUCCUUUCAAGGGCAAAUGUGACAGGCCCCCCUUGACCACUUCGUUCAUUGCUAAGUCAUGAUCGGACCUUCUUUUGGGGAAUUUUUUUGUCUCUGUUGUCUUGUGCCAGUGGCAGCCAGCAGACAACGAUGUGCUUUACUUUGGAUUUCAGACGAGACAAAACUGUCGUAGCUCUGCCAGAGGACCUUGAAAAAGACAGAAAUCAUACAUCAUGUAAGGGUGUAUGUUUGGCCACAGCAACCCCAACCAGCGUCCUGUCUUAACUGUGAAGUAUGGCUAUAUAAUGAAUUUGGUGAUAAUAUUGUUUAUACAGAAAUGAUUUUAUUGUGUGUAAUUUUAAGUGUGAUUACCAAUCAGAAGCUUAAGCGGCUGAUCAAUGGCUAGUUAGGGCUGUACAGAGCCAUGGUGAAGUAAGAGAAAGCAAUAAUUAGCUAAAUGAAUGACAAUGACGAGAAAAGGACUAUCUAAUUUAAGUAUUUUUUUAUAAAAUGAGUCUUUACAACGAAGACGAGGACAGUUUCUGGCUCUCUCCACAUGCCUGGGUCUGUCUGACCCGACCCAAAACGAGGCCUCCCUGGGACCCGUGGUGCAUUUGAAGAAGGGGGAAUGUGAGCUGUCUGGCGAUCUGACCGAGGCGGAGAGGCUCCGCCGCUUGGGAGCUCCAUUCAGUCUCUUCUGCCGACACUGAGCCUCUUUGUGCCCCGGGCGCAGGAAGAAACUGCGGCCACAAAUAACAAUUAAGAGUCAGGGAUCUGACUCACCACAGCGUAGCAGAAUAGCAAUGAGGAGAGCUUCAGCUCCGUCCAGUCAGGUUCGGGCAUCUCCUGCGGAUCACCGGUCGCGGCAAAUCGCUGUCGGCAGUGCGGGGAGGACCUGGGGCCUGAAGCCCCAGCGUGGGUCAGUGUUGGGACACGGCUAACCAUCACAAUGGUCAUCCCUGGUGGCUUCGUCCCUUUUUUUUUUUUUUUGUCUCUUUCAGUGUGACUCCCAACAAAAGCUGGAUAAAGAAAACAGAUGGCCAUGCGCGCACUUGGGUGUGGAGUUUCUCUUUCACUCCGUUGUCUGAUCUUUUCAUGUUUUAUGUUUUUUUUGUCCGCUUUCAUCCGUUCUUGAUUCAAAUGUAGAUAUGCUUAGGUUUAAUCCAUCUGGGUCAGGGUUUGUUAAAAGGUGGUAUUUAGCUCUGUUUGCGUCUGUCAGCUUGUGUAUGAGAGAGUCUCUUGGGGCUUGUUUACAUCACUGUGUUGCUCAUAUUGAGUGCAAGAAACGGCUUUGAUCAGUUUCGCUCUCGCCCAAACCUUCUUAUCUUUUCAACCCCAUCCGCCUUACAUUUACAAAUAGGUACUAACAGUGUCACUGCUUUGUGUGGGAGCAGUGUGUGCUGCUGCAAAAUGUAAGCAAAAAGUAUCAGACUGGGCCUAAAAUCCUGCUGAAAUAGAAGAACAAGUUGGCUCUUUUCCUUUACAUGAUUGAUAUUGUUAAUAUAACAAGGCCACAUGUGUUUUACGAUUUAUAGCUUAGCUUAAAAGGGUCUGGCAAAAAAAAAAAAAACACUCAAUAAUGCACACUGCCUUGCAAAACUAUUUACGCCUUCUGAACUUUUCCACAAUUAGUUUCAUUACAGUAGCAAAGUUUAAUGUACUUAAUUGGGAUUUUAUUUUAUAGACCAAUAUGAAGUAGUGUGUUACUGUAAAGUGGAAAAAAAAUGUUACAUCAUUCAAAAAUGUUUUGCAAAUAAAAAUCCCCCAAAGCAGGAAAUGCAUUUGGAUUCAGUUCCCCGACUCUCGAUAGAAGCGCCUGUUGUUGCAGUUAUUCAAUAUGUUACAAACUUUAACAUAUUGAUCCUGUUCUUCUUUAGAAAUCUGCUCAAAUUCAGUAAGUUUGGAUAGAGAUGUUGUCACUCAUUUGGAUUUAGGAGUGGACUUUGACUGGACCAAUCGAACCCAAAGCAUUUCAUUGUAUCUCUUGCUGUGUGGAACCUCUGAGCUCGUCUCCUAUCAGGAUAAUGUUCAGUAUUAGUAAUAGCACGCCAUGUCCCUUUACUUGGUUUAUGGCAGACUGCAUACUGAAAUAAAGUUACAUACAGGUGGACUGCUUACACUGAAUUUUAUUUAGUGAUAUCAGAAUGAAAGGGGUUGAAUAUAAACACUCUUAUUUAUACAAAUGCAUGAGAAAGCCAUAUAUCCUCUUCCCUUCACUUCACAGUUUUGAAGAAAUGCACAAGAGUUUGUCUUAACAUGAUGUGAAGAAUCUCAAAGGUUACAAACAUUUUCUUUAAACACGGUACAGGACUAGUUGUCCCCUCUGAUUUACCUCACAUUUGACCCAAAUGUUGAAACUCUUCUGUAAAUUAGGAAAUGUAUCAUGUUUUCAGCCACUGCCGUUUGGCAAUAUGAUGGUUCACUGAACUGAGCAAAAGAGCGCCGGACCCCCAGGCUGAGUUACAGUGGAAUUAGAACGUAGAAAAAUAACAGCAUGGUGUAACAUGCAGAGGGACAAAAACAGCUAAACCAAACCAUUUUAUUAGUGAGAAACCUGGUGGCAGAGAGAGCUUGAUGUCACUCUGCCCCCUCACCAAUUGGUACUUUAAAUUUUUUUUUUUAAUUGUCUCAACCUCUUUCGAUUACAUUCAUGUAAGCAAACCAGUUUUUCCCCAUGUAAUUAACCAUUGGCGCAUCAGUUUAUUUUUGUUAGCCGUAAAAUAUUUUUUAUGAACAAUUCAUAGUUAUGACAGAAUGCCCACGUUUUCACAUGAUUGUAAUUUAAUUUCCCAGUUUUAUUUUUAGAACAUCUUAAAUCACACUGUCCACUGGUUGCUGUUUUAAUUCCUCUUCAGGCCAUUUGAUGCAAUAAAAUGAGGAAUUAUGAUGUCAGAUCAAAGAACAACAACUACACAUGUAUUUAUGCAUUAUUUGUGUGAAACAUCAAGCGGCAGGUUUAAGCUGAUGCAUGGCUGCUGUGAAGAAUCCUUUGGAUAAUAACUUUUAGUUGUGCCUGAAAAAAGUUUGAUAUCAAAUGACGAAAAGUACAAAAAUAAACAUUCUUGCCAGGGUGAUAUGACGAGUCCCUCAGUCCACAAAGAGCAAAGAAAAACUAGGCCUCUAUGAAAAUAAAAUCACACCUUUUAUUUUCUUUUAAGAGUUUACUCUUAAUUGUUUAUGUUUUAGGAACUAAUUUAGUUGCCAUUUGUGAUAUUAUGUAUACAAAAUUUAAUAUUUCUUCUAAAUAUACAGACAUUUCGCCACCAUUAUUUUCUCAUCUGGAAGUAAAAAAAACUUUUCAGAAAUGUUUUACGAUUCGCCUUGCUCUCUUACCUUUCAUUUUUCACGAACGGGCUGAAUAAACCCAUGGAUCACAAGUCAUUCAUUUAUAAUUUCAAGUAUGCUAAGAAACAGAAUAAAACAACAACUGCAUUUCUUUUUUCUUCGAGAUAUUGAUAAAACAUUGUCUUCCUUUAGGAGCCGAUAAGCAUUCGACUGGGGAGCAGCACCCGUCAAAUAUCUUGAUGCCCAAGCAGUCUGUUCAAAGCCUUUCUUCAGUCUCCAUAGUAACCAUCUACUGUACUGGCCAAAAGAUGAUGGUUGCCUUCGCCACUGCCCUUGUCGCUUCAUAUUUCAACUCAAACGUAAACCACAGCAUCAGGACAAUCAAAAACAAACAAAAAAAUGCAUCAGUCUCUUUCUUGCUGAUAUUUACAUUUUGUAUACGCUUGCUCCUCUAAAUAACCUGCAGCUGUUUUGUGCUGGUCUGCUCUAAGUUUUUUUUCCCCUAUAUUUAUAUAAAUCUGUUGUCCUAAAUACACAGGGGUUUAUCCUCAUCGCUGUCGAUAAAUUAAACAUAAACUGAGAGCAAUACGGGACCCUGCAAAACGUACAAGCAGCCACUUUCAGACUCCCCGUAUAACAAAUCACAUGACAAACGUGCGUGGCUGAUUCUCAUACUGUCUGAAAUAAUCAGCUCUCAAGAAUGGAAUGGUUUUUCUGGCAUUGUGAUGGUGCCUAAUGUUAAACUCUCUGUCUAUCCAUAUUACACUUACCAGCUUUAUGUGAGGAAAGUCACGAGCAGCGUAAACACAACUUUGGUAAAAGGCAGGAAUAAUGUAACCGAUUUCAAACUAUACCAAAACAACAAAAAACCUCUGAAUAAGACAUUUUGCACACUGUCAACUGGCUAAAUAAGUUUUGUAAGAGAGGGUAGGCUUAUACCUGCUUCUUACAGUGAGAGCUUUGAAAAAUGUACAGAAAAUAUGUUGCUGCAGAAGAGGUUUGGACCUUGUGAGCCAACAACAUCCAUUGCACUGCUGUGAGGCAUACAGCUUGGAAAUGGCUUACAGAAACAGUGCUGCCAGUGUGAAGCCAUGAUAAGGAAUGCUGAAAGAAAUAUACAUUCAUUUAUCCAGAACACAGACAGCAACAACAGUCUGCUUGGGAAGAAGUCCAGCUUCUGCUGUAGGAUGUGAAGUGUGCUUCUUCAACCUGUCCACAUGCAAACCUUUUCUCAAAACGUACUCUGGAACGAGCUGAGAGAAAUAUUUUCAUUUGGUGUACAAUGAAAAUGUGUGGAGGAAAAAAUAAAUAAAAAUACAUGAGGCAGUCCAGUUAAAAAGAUUUAUAAAAGCAAGACCAAGCGUAGGAGGUCAGACAGGCAAAUGUGAUCUUAAUACAUUACUCCCUCGCUACAUUAGCGCAGUGUAUGCUUUACACAUUCGACCCUGAAACGGGUCAUUAGUGUCGAGGACCGCUCCACUCUGCAAACCCCAGCCUCUCGUCCUGAUCCCGUGUUCCCAUUUCUGCGUCUUUUUAGACGCGCGUUUUUGAAUGCGGCCUCUUUAUCUGGGCCCGGCGUGCCCACCCAGCCGUGUCCUCACUCCGCAUCUCUUCUGGUGUUUCACUAAACAUGCUUGAUGAGGCAAAGUACACGCCAGGCCCCUCUAAUGGCCUGAUGUGCCCCCUGAGGAAGAUUGCUGCAGACAGGUUGUCUCUGAGAGGGAGCUACUCGUUCAGCCAGUGCUUUCUGACCCUUUACAGACCACCAGCCACACACACACACACACAUACACGCAAGUACCCCAUUUGACAAAUUGGGGAAUGUAAUUGAAUUAAAUCAGAAAUGAAACCGGAGCCUGACACAGGCUGGUUCAAAUAAAGGUAGAGCACUUCAUGAUGUUAUCUUACCGACUGCACAAUUUGAUUACUUUAGUUCAACAUUACAAGGCAGCUAAAGUAUUCAGGUAUAACCUCAUAGAGGCAAGUCUGUUUAUUAAAGCCCUCAUCCUCCCUCAUCUCUCCAUACUUCACGUAAUUCUCCAUUCCUCUUCCUUCUCUUCUAGCAGCUGUGUUUUUAAGCCCCGUUUGCCUGGGAACCCAUUCGUAUUAUCUCCUCUAAGUAAAAGCCAGGGUUUUCAUUGUGUUUUUUCCACUGUUAAAGGUCUGCAGGUUAAUGAGUCAAAAACUGAUUUUUUUUUCUUCUUUUUUUUAGCAACGCCCCCACCCUCCUUAAAUUCAUGUCAGAUCCUAAAUGCUAAGCUUGUUCUUUUACAUGUUUAUCCAGCUUCUCGUGUGAGAAAUUGCUAUUCUUUGCCGUCACUGAUUAAGUUGGGAGUUUUUUUUUUUCCCUUCUUGGCGCAUCUGCAGUGGGUUUGCAUAAGUAUUCAUACCCUUAGGACAAUUUGUCAUAAUGCACCAACUUCAAUGCAUUUUAUUUAACAGACCAUCACGAAGUAGUGCGUAAUUGCGGCUGGAUUGUGAAGGAUAUGUCCUUUUUGAAAAUCUUUACAAUUUACAUUUUCAACUGUAACUACAGCUGCAGCUGUUGCAACUCUUCUAGUUCUGCGAAUCUACAGAAAUGUAUUGUUUGCAUUUCUUUCUUUCUUCCUUUCUUCCAAAAAAAGAGAGAACGGAUCUCCACAGCAUGACGCUGCCAUCACCAGUGAAACAUGGUGGUGUUUUUAAUUAUGUUUGGCGAUUAUAUGUUUGGGUUUACAUGUGCUACUUUUUCUCCACACAGAGCUGCAGGACAACAUUUUUAAUUCUGGACUUUUUUUGCCCCUGUGGCAGUGAAAGAUUUCCCACUUUAGCUUUUGGGCCAGAUUUGGUCUAAAUUAUGUUGUUUGUUUACUAUUCUGAACAUUUUUAACCAAACUCCAGAACAUCUGUAUUGUUUCACUUAGAUUAAUUGAAUUAAUGUGGGAGCAUUAGGAUAAAGGGGACAAAGGGAACUGGUUGCAAAUGCACAUAGAAACUUUCAGCUAUGAUUUUUUUCUUCUUUAAACCAUGUGUCGUGUUCUUUUUAUUUCACAGUUAUGCACCAAUGGAUUUGUCUAACACUUAAAAUUUCUGGCUUGUGGUUGAAAAAUGGCAAAACGUGAAAAUCUCCAACUGGUGUGAAUACUUUUGCAAGGCAAAAGAAAAAGCUUCUCUGUUUCACAUAUGCACAAAAUUCCCAUUUACACACUGUUAUCAUCUUGUGUUUUUGCUCUCGUUGAACACACUGUGCCGCUGUGUGUGUUGGGUUGGAGGGUUUUUUUCACCAUGUGGCCCUGCAGUGUGAGUCCCCAGCCGAUUACUGCCGUCUUGCCCCCCGUCUGCAUGUUUCCUCUAUACGUCCUAAAAGUUGUUCAGAGACGGGGACUAAAUUGAAGAAAUGGCGCGUCAUCAAGCUGCUCCCAUCCAAGCCAACUUGCGACAGGAAUAAGCACAAAAGCAAGAUUCCAGCUGACAUUUGCGUGUUUGUGAACUUGUAGAUGUGUUUAAACGGCACUGAUAAUUUGUUUUCUUUUUUUUCUUUUCUUUUUUUUUACUUGUUUUUCUGUGGUAGAUAUUUGAAUUAAAUCUUCUGUGGGAUGUUUCAAUUCUCUGCUGUGCCGAAUUUUUUUUUUUCAUUGAUGACAAUGAAGCUGAACCUGAUGACUAUCAUUAUUAUUUUUAUUAUUAUUAUUAUGAAGCAGUACUGUGAGCACCGAAGUGUUGUGUCCUGUUUAAAUGAUGAAUUACAAGAAGAGAGGAAGUAAAUUAACUUAUAAAGACUAAUGUGGAGUCUCCUGCUACUGUGAAGGAUCCCCGUUUUCCUGUCGCCCCGACCAGAGGCUGAACUCCCCACACUCCCAGCCGAUCCCAAAGGCGGGGAGUUUGGGGGCUUUGAGAUGGCUGUCAUCAGAUGGCAACACAUGUCCCUGCUAUGUGUACAUAACCUAAAUGCUUACAUGUAAUUUCAGUGCAGUAGCUGCAUGACAACACAGCCUCUGUGUGUGUGCGUGUGCGUGUGUAUGUACUGAAGUAGCGAUGUGUGAAUUUUGUACCGUACAUGCAGGUGUGUGCGCUCGUGUCCGCAAAACAAACGUGUCUCUUGUCACACAGAACGCCAAACACAUGCAUGCACCCUCUGACAGCUGCACAGCACACACACGCAGGCACAUGAAAACCGGACUCACUCCAGCAGUUGUUCACCGUCCACCACAAUGUCCCGAGCUCUGCCUGUCACUCCGCAUGGAGACUUUGCUCUGUGUUGAUUUUCUUAUUCUAAUAAACCACUCAGACAUUCUUGUCUAAGUUGUGAUCAUUGA